AUGGCUGCCACUGGUCUUCCCUCCGGAUGGGAGGUUCGUCACUCAAACUCCAAGAACCUUCCUUACUACUUCAAUCCCUCCACAAAAGAGUCCCGCUGGGAGCCUCCUGCCGAUACCGAUACCGAGACUCUGAAAGAGUACAUGGCCACGCACCACUCCAUGGCACAUUCAAAUGAUGUUGCUGGCCAAGGGGAGGGCAAGAUUCGUUGCGCCCACCUUCUCGUGAAGCACCGUGACAGCCGUCGCCCAAGCAGCUGGCGAGAGGCAGACAUCACCCGUUCAAAGGAGGAGGCCAUUGAGAUUUUGAAGGGCUACGAACAGCGCAUCCAGUCUGGUGAAUCCUUGGGUGAUAUCGCUGUUUCAGAAUCGGAUUGCAGCAGCGCCAGGAAGAAGGGUGACCUCGGUUUCUUUGGGCACGGAGAGAUGCAAAAGGAAUUUGAGGAUGCCGCCUUUGCACUCAAGCCCGGCCAAGUCAGCGGCAUCGUGGAAACAGCCAGUGGGGUUCAUCUCAUUCAGCGUGUUCUAGAUGACCCUGCAGUGGAACGGGAUAUUGAAGUCUCUGUCUCUCGCAUAUGGCUCACUUAUGGCUCAAGCAAGGAUUCAGAGGCGUCGUUGCAAAAUGAGCCCGAAUCUUUGGAUUGA